AUGAAACUUUGUUUUUAUGUUCUACUUUUGCCCAUUUGGGCAAAUAAUUGUUUAAAUACAAACAAAAGUGAUAUAACUCCUACUACAGGAGGUAAGAACCUUGAAUCAAUGGAGACAAAAAGGGACAAUUCUAUGAGAGAUCCACUCACUAACAUAAUUGGUUUUAUGAUCAUGGCCAUUUUCUUUUCCUGUACAUUUUUUUGGCAUUAUUGUUACAUUUGCAAUGCUACCCACAAAGCAGAAACGAUGAAGAAAAAAAAUACAGCAGCGGAGACAUCUAAUAUGCCAGUCAGUGAAUCCAAGACAGGCGGUUGGUGCGGUCCAGAGAAACAACCCAUGCUGUCCACUAUAGACAAGUUAUCCGGACCCUCGAGUCCAGAAAAGUCACCCAUACCGUCUAGUGCAGAAAAGUCAAUAAGGCCAUCAAACUCAAAACAAUUAUUCAGGUCAUCUCAGCUGGAAAAGCCAUGUAGACCACAUGGUCUAAAAAAGCCAUAUAAGUUAGCUCGUGCCCAUAAGCCAGUCAGUCUAGUCAGUUCAUCCUAUCCAGUUCAGCCAGUCAGGCCACUUUGGUCAGCCAGUCAUCAAUAUCCGGCCAGACCAUCCAAGCCACUUUGCCCACCCUGCCCACAAAAUCAAAUCUUGCCACCCAAGCCGUCCCAUCUACAGAAAUUGGCCAAACCUCCCAAACAACAUAAUCUAAAAAGGUCAGUGAGUAUAGGCAGGGCAGUCAUGUUAUCCAGCCCUGAUGAAUUAACCAAGAGUUGUCAAUACUAUGAGGAAAGAUGCCGUUUUUGCAAAACUUUUUCUGUGCCUUUGGUCCAUGAUAUUUCUGAGGCAAAGAAGAAAACAGCUCGAAAUCUGCCAGUUUCAAGUGAAGUGAAGUCUUUCUGUAGGUCCUGUCAUAAGUUAGAUUCCAGGGACACUGCAUACAGUAACAAUGUGAGUGACAAUGUUAUGGCAUAUGCCAGUAAUGAUGACAGUGAUACGAAGUUAACCAUUAUUUGCAACAUAAGGAACACUGACGUCAUCCUUGAAGGGGCCCCAAAUAAUUAA